GAGUGGAACUCGGCCGAAGAACCAAGGCUUCUGUGUGUGCCCAGGCGACAGGGCAGCCAUGAUUCUGUCAUCUUAUAGCACCUUCCAGUCUGUUCUCUGCUGCUGCUGCUGCUGCUCAGUGCAGAAGAGACAAGUGAGAACACAGAUAAGCCUGAGCAAAAAUGAAGAACCUUCAGAAAAUUAUUCCCAGCAUCAUAGGCCAUGGCUCGACAAACUGAGGAGCAAGAAACAAUCCAACAGAGGCGGGGGGCAACCCUCAAAACGCAAGCCGCUGCCUCCUCUCCCGCUGACCCAACUCGCUGAAGACAGGAUCCGAGUCAAGGCCCUUUAUGAUUUCCUGCCUCGGGAGCCCUAUAAUUUGGCACUGAAGAGAGGGGAGGAAUACCUGAUAUUAGAGAGGUGUGACCCUCACUGGUGGAAGGCCAGAGACCGUCUGGGGAAUGAAGGCUUAAUCCCAAGCAACUACGUGACUGAAAACAGAGUCACCAAUUUAGAAAUAUAUGAAUGGUACCAUAAGAACAUUACUAGAAACCAGACUGAACGCCUAUUGAGACAAGAGGCUAAAGAAGGUGCGUUUAUUGUGAGAGAUUCAAGACAUUUGGGGUCCUAUACAAUUUCUGUGUUUACAAGAGCUGGAAAACAUGCACAGUCUUCCAUAAAACAUUAUCAGAUUAAAAAGAAUGACUCAGGACAAUGGUAUGUCACCGAAAGACAUCUCUUUCCAUCAGUUCCCGAGCUGAUCCAGUAUCACCAGUACAAUGCAGCUGGCCUCAUGUCCCGUCUCCGAUAUCCAGUUGGGUUUCUGGGAAGCUGCUUACCAGCCACCGCUGGUUUUAGCUAUGAGAAGUGGGAGAUAGACCCGUCUGAGCUGGCUUUUGUCAAGGAGAUUGGAAGUGGUCAGUUUGGUGUGGUCCACUUAGGAAAAUGGAGAGCACACAUCCGGGUCGCCAUCAAGGCCAUCAAUGAAGGCUUCAUGUCUGAAGAGGAUUUCAUUGAAGAAGCCAAAGUGAUGAUGAAACUGUCACACUCGAGGCUAGUUCAGCUUUAUGGGGUGUGUAUACAGCAGAAGCCCCUCUACAUAGUGACAGAGUUCAUGGAAAAUGGCUGCCUGCUUAACUAUCUGAGGGAGAGAAAAGGCAAGCUUCAGAAGCCAUUGCUCUUGAGUGUGUGCCAGGACAUAUGUGAAGGAAUGGCGUACCUGGAGAGGAACUGCUAUAUUCACAGGGAUCUGGCAGCACGGAACUGUUUGGUCAGCUCUACCUGUGUGGUAAAGAUCUCAGACUUUGGGAUGACGAGGUACGUUUUGGAUGAUGAAUACAUCAGUUCCUCCGGAGCUAAGUUCCCAGUCAAGUGGUCCCCACCUGAAGUGUUUCAUUUUAACAAGUACAGUAGCAAAUCUGAUGUCUGGUCAUUUGGAGUUCUAAUGUGGGAAGUUUUUACAGAAGGAAAAAUGCCUUUUGAAAAUAGGUCCAACCUGCAAGUGGUGGAAGCCAUUUCUAAAGGGUUCCGCCUGUAUCGCCCUCACCUGGCCCCCAUGUCCAUAUAUGGCGUUAUGUACAGUUGCUGGCAUGAGAACCCCAAAGGUCGCCCGACAUUUGCUGAACUGCUUCAGGUUCUCACAGAGAUUGCCGAAACCUGGUGACCUGAAGUGGAAUGCCAGUCCACAUGGUUGUCUUGCAAAACUGUCACAAGGUGAAAUCAUGGCUGUCACUGAUGGCAAGUAUCUUCCAUUAGUGUUGUUGACUCUUGGCAACAAAGCAAAGGUCACAGGCUUUUCACACUGAUUUCGAUACAAAAUAUUCUAACAGUAGGUUGUUUUUUACACGUGUGGAAGGUACUUCUGAACUCUACUAUCUGUCACAUCCCAAAUGUGAUGGAAGUAGACAAAGUCAGCCUUCCAAGUGGCUUCUUCGUGAUAGGCAUCCUCAGAACCCUUGAGUAUGCACGAGACCUGAAUUUUUCAUAAGGCUAGACCUCUUUCCCAAGGACUGACAUUCCUCUCUUCAGUGGUCUAUGCAGUGAAGAAAAAAAUUAGAUUCUGCCAACUCAUGGAGUGAAGAAGCUGUUUUAAAACAGGUUUCUAUUGCUAUGAAGAGACACUGUGACCAUGGCAACGUUUAAUUAAGGUGGUAGCUUACAGUUUCAGAGGUUUAGUCCAUUAUUAUCAUGGAGUGGGGCAGGAGCAGGGGGCAUGGCAUUGUGCAGGCAGACAUGUGCUGGAGAAGGAGCUGCUACUUGUGGAUACGCAGGCAACAGGAAGUAGAAUGAGUGGCACACUGAAUGAAGCUUGAGCAAAAGACCUCAAUGCCCACCCCCACAGCGACACACUUCCUCUCACAAGGACACGCCUACUUCAACAAGGACACCCCUCCUAGAAUUGGUCACUCCCUUUGGGGACCAUUUUCUUUCAAACCACCACAGAAGCUUCCCCACAGAAUUUCAUGUUUGGGGCUAAAUAAAUAUUUAUAAACAACAUAGCUUUGGGAACCUAUGUGAACAUUCUGAAAGUGUCUUUUAUAAUCUUGCCAUAUGUUAUUUAAUAAACUCUUUCGGUCUACAUGU